AUGUCAGCACUCAGCGCGUUGCCUUUCCUGAAGCCCGUUCACCUGAGGUCCCCCCGAAGCUCGCCCGGAGGCCAGCGUCGCCACACGCUGCCCGCCAGCGAGUUUCGCUGCCUCAGCCCCGAGGAUGCCAUCAGCGUGUUUGAGAUCGAGCGGGAAGCCUUUAUAUCUGUCUCUGGGGACUGUCCCCUCCACCUGGACGAGAUCCGCCACUUUCUGAACCUCUGCCCGGAGCUCUCCCUCGGCUGGUUUGAGGAAGGGCGGCUCGUGGCAUUCAUCAUCGGCUCCCUCUGGGACCAGGACAGGCUCAGCCAGGUAAGAGCUGGACCCUGCCACUGCCAGGUGCUGGCCGGGCACCGCACCUUCCGGCAGCAGGGCAAGGGCUCCAUCCUCAUGUGGAGAUACCUGCAGUACCUGCGCUGCCUGCCCUUCGCCCGGCGCGCCCUGCUCAUGUGUGAAGAUUUCCUUGUGCCCUUCUACCAGAAGUGUGGUUUCAAGGUGCUGGGUCCCUGCGAGGUGACGGUGGGGGAGCUGGCCUUCAUUGAGAUGCAGCAUCCCGUGCAGGGACAUGCCUUCAUGCGCAGGAACAGCGGCUGCUGA